AAAACUACACGACUGAUUUUUACCACCAUUUGUGGUAUUAAGCCUUUUCAUAAUGCAGUUGGUUCUUAGUCUGACAGUUCCAUUAUCCUAGCCUAUAAAAGUAGCCACUCUGGCUUUCGUUUUCUGCCUCAUUCUUUUCCAUUCCUUAAUCUUGACUUAAAAUAAUUUUUCCAAAUUCCUUCUUCUGUUUUCUGCGUUCAAAAUGGCUUGUGGCAUGAAACUAUUGUUGGUAGCAACUGCUCUAUAUUUGGUGUUGAACACUCAACAUUUUGUUCAGGGAAAGCUACAGGUGAGAGAGCCACAGGUGCCCUGCUUUUUCAUAUUUGGAGACUCUGUGUCUGAUAAUGGCAACAACAACUUGCUUCCCACAUUUGCCAAAGUCAACUACAGUCCCUAUGGCGUUGACUUUCCUCAGGGCCCAACAGGAAGGUUCUGCAAUGGCCGAAACAUAGUUGAUGUGCUUGCUGAGCUUCUGGGAUUUGAAAACUACAUUCCACCAUUUGCUUAUGCCAAUGGCUCUGAAAUAGUUAAAGGUGUGAAUUUGUCUAAUUAUCAAGCACUUAAAAAUUUGCUCUUGCAGGGUGCACGUAUCAGCAUGGGAGAACAGCUGAAGAAUCACAGAACCACAGUCUUGCGAAUUAUCGACAUACUUGGGAAGAGAAGCUUAGCCAAAAAGCACUUAAACAAGUGCUUAUAUUCAGUUGGGAUGGGCAGCAAUGACUACAUUAACAAUUACUUCCUGCCUCAGUAUUACCAGACCAGUAAAGAAUAUACCCUUGAGGAAUAUGCAGAAGUUCUUAUCAAACAAUACACCCAGCAAAUACUGAGGUUGCGCAAGUAUGGAGCAAGGAAGGUUUCUUUGGUUGGCCUGGGGCUAAUUGGCUGCACCCCAGAUGCAAUUAAGACCUAUGGCACCAAUGGAUCUUCUUGUGUGGAAAAAUUGAACAAUGCAUCCCAACAAUUUAAUCAAAAGCUUGUGGCUCUUGUGGAUGAGCUCAAUACCAAUUUUACUGAUUCAAAAUUCAUCUAUGUCAACAGCUAUGAAAUGGGCUCAGGGGACCCUACAUUAGUUGGGUUCAAGGUUUUGGAUGCUGGGUGCUGUGAAGUGGAUCAAUAUGGUCAAUGUGCUCCUAACAAAACUCCAUGCCAGAAUAGGACUGAUUAUGUUUUCUGGGACGGAUUUCAUCCUAGUGAGGCCUCCAAUUUAAUCACUGCCAGCAGAACCUACUCAGCUUAUAACGCUUCAGACACUUAUCCAAUGGAUAUCAGUCACUUAGUUCAGCUACAGCUUGAGCCUCAAGUCUCAGCGAUCUAGUUACCUAGAAGCCUAGAAUCCUUGCAAAUAAAAUUCAUGUGAAAUCUUUUCUUCAUCCAAUCAACAAAUAUGUUUGUUGCUAGAUAAGAAUGUAAUUGUCACAUAUCAUAUGCAUUUUUUCCGUUGAUAAGUUGGGUUUUACCAACUAACUUUUGAUCUAAUGGUACUUCAUUUUCCGAUUUUG